AUGGAUUGUCUUCCAGAUGAGCUUCUGCUCCAAAUCUUGGCCUUUUUACCCACCAAAGAAGCUGCUUCAACAUCACCUCUCUCCAAGAGGUGGAGGACUCUGUUUGCUAUCCGGGAUCAUCUUGAAUUUGAUGAGUCCAUCACCUCUCCCCAAGAAGAAGGUAAAGGGAAUAAGGACGAUAUCCGAAAGAGUUUCAUGCGUUUCGUGGACAGAACAUUGGCUUUGCAAUUGGAAAGCAGUGUCCCUUUAAAGAAGUUCUCACUAAAAUGUGAUGAUGGAGAUGACGAGGCUCAUGUUGACCGCUGGAUAUGCAGUGCCCUUGAACGCUGUGUCUCUGAGCUUCACUUGAGUAUCAAAUCACAGUCUGAAGCGCGUUGUUUCUUCCCAUCCGGAGUAUUCACCAGCACAACUCUUGUGAAGCUCUCAUUGGGAACAAAACUCAGCAUCGAUUCUUUUCCUAAGGAUACAAAUCUCCCAUCACUAAAAGUUCUCUUCCUUGAUACAAUAUGGUUUGAGGUGGACGAAUUCUCUAGUGUGUUCAUCGCUGCUUGCCCUUUACUUGAGGACUUGACCAUACAUCACAAGGAUUUUCCAGGAAUGCCAGACUUAAUAUCUACCAAAACCGUUAAGAAGCUCUCACUCACUUAUGACUGUGCUGAGUUUAUUGAACAGUAUUUCUGUAUGAAAAUUGACAUGCCGAAUGUUGUCGAACUCUACUAUUCUGAUUAUGCUCUGGGAAAGUAUUCAGAGUUAAGUUUUGAUUCACUUGCCGAAGCUACACUUGACCUUCAUUUCUUGAAAGAUAUUCCGGAUCUUGACCCGGAUGUGACGGAUGUUCCGGAUCUUGACCCGGACGUGACGGAUCUCAUCAAACUGAUACGCAAUGUCAAGAAACUUCACUUGACUUCUUCUGCUGUUAAGGUGAUUUCAGAAUGCUGCAAAGGUGGACUUCCGGUUUUCAACAAUCUUGUUGAGUUAGUGUUUUCAAGUCGCAAGAAGCGAGGCUGGAAAAAGUUGCUGCCACGUCUGAUGGAUCAUUCUCCUAAUCUUGAAACUCUUAUUCUCUCGGGUCUGGAUAUUUUUUGUGGAUUUGGAGGGAUUCGCAUUCCCUUAAAUAGCCGAGUAAAGAUUAUCAAUGUCAUGCAAUAUCAUGGAAGUGCAAACGAGCUGAAACACAUUAGCCGAUUCUUACUGAAAAUGAAGUGUCUUGAAGUGGUGAGAGUUUAUGUUUCACCUGCAAUGGAUGACCCCAACUUGGUGCAGCGACUCACAGAAGAUGUGAUGAAGCUUCGAGGAGCUUCAUGCAAGCUCAAGAUGCAAGUCAUAUGUGAUCAACAUCAUUCAUAA